AUGGUAAAAGUAAUGAAGGAGAAUCUGAAGGUGAAGAAGGAGGUUAAGAAAGACUUGAAGAAGAAGGUUGUGGGCGGGGGUUCAAAAAAAAAAGCCUCAAUGAAAAAACUCUCGGGUGGUCAGGAGUCGAAAAUGAAUGCCAAAAUGAACCAACACCGCCCGAAGUUGAACGCCAAGCACUCGGGAAAAGUGGCCAAAAAGGCUCCCAAGGCUCAGAAAAAGGGAGCCAAGCUCAACUCCAAGCUAGCCGGGAAAGCGGUAAAGCGUCCCGGGAAGGUAGUGAAAAAGGCGGUCAAAAAGAUGAAGCCCGCCAAGAAAGUGGUAAAACAAAAGGGCAACAAGAAAUAA